AUGCCUACUCUUGCACUUGAAGCUGGGACUACGGUCUUUGUGACAGGCGUCAAUGGUCUUAUUGGAAGUCAUAUCACCGAUCAACUGCUACAGAGGGGAUACAAUGUUCGUGGCGCAGUGAGGAAUGCUGAGAAGCACCAAUACUUGGUCGAUUAUUUUAGUAAAAAGCACAAAGAUGCAAAGCUAGAGCUGGUUAACGUACCAGAUAUGACCAUCGAAGGUUGCUAUGACAAUUUCAUGCAAGGUAUUGAUGGCUUCAUCCAUGUCGCAGCACCUAUUAGUGAGAGUUCAGAUAUCAAAGUUGCCAUUCCCAUCGCGGUAAAAGGCGCUCUCAAUGCCCUCAAGGCUUCCACGAAAACUCCUUCGGUUAAACGCUUCGUCUUUACCUCGUCAUCGAUCGCCGCGACCUUCCCUCAACCCGAUGUUGAGUUCUCAAUCGACGAGGGUACCUUCAACGAAGAGGCACUAAGACGUGUUAAAGAGACUGGGAAUGGAUCAGGAUUGCUGGGCUAUGCAGCCAUGAAGACAGAGACGGAAAUGGCAAUAGUCAAGUGGAUGGAAGAGAACAAACCAAGCUUUAUCUUGAACUCUAUUCUACCAAAUGUGAACUUCGGCCCCAUUCUCAUCCCUGAACGCCAAGGCAAACCAUCUACUAUCGAGUGGGCCCACUUCGCUUGGACGAGUACGAACCUCGAAGCAUUCAGCACGUUUGCCGGCCCACAAUGGUAUGUUCAUACCGUUGACUGCGCGCUGCUGCAUGUCGCUGCAUUGAUUUACAACGACGUACACUCCGAACGCAUAUUUGCCUUUGCAGAGCCAUGGAGCUACAAUAAGAUGAUGGAUAUUUGGCGCAAGCAGUAUCCCAAGAAGGAGUUCCCGGAAAACAUCAAGGGAUUGGGCGAAGACAAGAUGAAGGUCCCGAAUCAGAGGGCAGAAGAGUUGCUCAAACGAGUCAAAGGAUCCGGGUGGGAUAGCUUGGAGAAGGCCGUGAAGGAGAUGGCUGACCAGUGGGAAUAA